CGCGGACGGCGCGCGGAGGCGAGCGCGGGGGAGACGAGCUGCCGGCGCCGCAGCCGCCGUCAGGGCAUGAGGAUGGCCGUGGGCUCCGUGAAGAUGCAGCCGCCGUGCGAGAGCCCGGCCCUGGCCGCGGCGGCGGCCGUGGCGGCAGCGGACGGCGCCCUGCGCCGCAGCCCCAGUGCCCGCGAGCAGGAGCGCGAACAGUCGCUGGCGCCGCCACGGCCGCGGCUGAGGGACCUGCCCGCGCUGCUGCGGAGCGGGCUCACGCUGCGGAGGAAGCGGAGCGCCGCCGGGGCCCGGACUCUAUCAAGAAGAAUUUCCAAUCCAUACCUUGAACACACGCCUUCCCAGAUUUAUGGAGAGAAUUCUUCUUGUGCAGGAAGAGCAUUGAGGAAUAUUAUUAUCGUUCAGGCAGCUGACCUGAUAAAGGACAGAGUGAACCUCAAGGGAUUUUACAGGAGGAGCUGUGUUGGGUCAGAGCUGGUAGACUGGCUUCUAGAACACUGUCCUUUUGUCCAGUGCAGAUCUAUGGCCAUAGGGGUCUGGCAGCUCCUACUGGAUAUGGGAAUUAUGUUAUCAGUGGACCAGAAUUUAUACUUUCAAGAUACCUAUGUUUUCUACCAGUUUUCUUCUGAUGAAUGUAGCUACUUGUACUGUGAAUUUGAAAGGGAAGAAGAAUGGCAGAAUGGUGUCAAGCUUUUACUGCAACUUGUACCUCUCAUUCCAGCUAGAGCUGGCAUCUGUGAACUGUCUCAUCAGAAAAUUGAAGACUCAGAAGAAAGCAGUGAUGAAAUUCUUGUUCGUCUAACAUCUGCGGUGCAGAGAGAACUAGCGGCUGUUAUUGCUUUGAAAGCAAGGAAGUCUGCAAUCGAACAAGAGGAAGAAAACGGUGACAAACACAUGAUUGGGACAGAAGCUGGAGGUGUCCCAGAUUCUCAGGCAGGAGUGAUGUGCAAACUUCAGGAGAGAGAUGACAUCGGACGAAUUGAACUGGUCCAGAAGCUGGCGAGAGAAAACUGUCAGUUUCUACAGACAGACAAAAAAGAACAGGAGAAAUCUGAACACGAUGACGAAGUGGCGACCUUUGAGGUGAAGGAGCAGGAGCGGAACGUCCUGGUACUGAAGAGGGUGCAGAGCUGCGGCCCGGCCCCGCCAGCCGGCGGCGCCGAGCGGGAUUGGAGAUACGUGGUCGUGUCCGGGACCCCCGAGAAGAUACUGGAGCACCUUCUGAAUGACUUGCACCUGGAAGAAGUCCAGGACAAAGAAACAGAGACCCUCCUUGAUGACUUCCUCCUCACGUACACGGUCUUCAUGACAACUGAUGACUUGUGCCAGGCGCUGUUGAGGCACUAUUCUGCUAAGAAGUAUCAAGGCAAAGAAGAAAACUCAGAUGUUCCUUGUCGGAAACGUAAGGUUUUGCAUCUUGUGUCCCAAUGGAUUGCCCUCUACAAAGACUGGUUACAUGAAGACGAACAUUCAAAAAUGUUCUUAAAGACCAUUUACAGGAACGUGCUGGAUGACGUCUAUGAAUAUCCAAUACUUGAAAAAGAACUGAAAGAGUUUCAGAAGAUACUUGGAAUGCACCGUCGCCACACUGUAGAUGAAUAUUCACCACAAAGGAAGAAUAAAGCCCUUUUCCACCAAUUCAGUCUUAAGGAGAACUGGCUCCAGCAUAGAGGAACCGUGACUGAAACAGAGGAAAUCUUUUGCCAUGUGUACAUAACGGAGCACUCCUAUGUCAGCGUGAAGGCCAAAGUUUCCAGUACAGCACAUGAGAUCCUGAAAGUUGUGGCAGAAAAGAUCCAGCAUGCAGAAGAGGAGCUGGCUCUGGUGGCUGUCACGUUCUCUGGGGAAAAGCAUGAACUUCAGCCCAAUGACUUGGCCAGCUCCAAAUCCCUUGAAGCAUCGGGUCGGAUAUAUGUCUACCGAAAAGACCUAGCUGACACCUUGAACCCAUUUGCAGAAAAUGAGGAAUCACAGCAAAGGUCGAUGAGGAUUUUGGGAAUGAACACUUGGGAUCUUGCUCUGGAAUUAAUGAAUUUUGAUUGGAGUCUCUUCAAUUCAAUUCACGAGCAAGAGCUGAUCUACUUCACAUUUGGCCGACAAGGCAGUGGGGAGCACACGGCGAACCUCAGCCUUCUCCUGCAGAGAUGCAAUGAAGUCCAGCUCUGGGUGGCCACGGAGGUCCUGCUUUGCAGCCAGCUGGCCAAGCGAGUGCAGCUGCUGAAAAAAUUCAUCAAAAUCGCUGCACACUGCAAAGCCCAGAGAAACCUGAAUUCUUUCUUUGCUAUCGUGAUGGGUCUCAACACUGCUUCUGUGAGCCGGUUGUCGCAGACCUGGGAGAAAAUCCCUGGGAAGUUUAAGAAACUUUUCUCUGAACUUGAAAGUUUAACAGAUCCUUCCCUGAAUCACAAAGCCUACAGAGAUGCAUUCAAAAAGAUGAAACCACCCAAAAUCCCAUUCAUGCCCCUGUUGCUUAAAGAUGUAACAUUUAUUCAUGAAGGAAAUAAAACAUUUUUGGAUAAUCUUGUCAAUUUUGAAAAACUGCACAUGAUUGCCGACACCGUCCGAACCCUGAGACACUGCAGGACGAAUCAGUUUGCAGGAGGUGACAUGUCUCCAAAGGAGCACCAAGAGUUAAAAUCCUACGUUAAUCACCUGUAUGUCAUCGACAGCCAGCAGGCCCUGUUUGAGCUGUCCCACCGGAUCGAGCCCCGAGUAUGAGCUGCCCCCUCUCCCCUCAGCCGGCCUCCCCCAUAACUGCAGCACUUUGAGCUCUGGGCAUGUCAGUGCUGAGCACGUUGCUUUCCUGUGAGAAAAGAAGUUGCUGAGUUUUAUCAGCAUAAGACACACACAGGAGGGCCAAGCCAAGCGUGUUUAGGAAGUGAUGUCAGCCACCAGAGAUGGGGAGAGGCCUCUCCAAGCUGCUGUCAGAACAAGAAGACAGAAAAAGAGUCAGAAGCAUGCUUGAAGUGGAGAAGUCUGGCUUCUCACGACUGCAUUGUUGAUUCAACCCAAUUUUGAUCUUGAGAUGUGCCGGUGUCAAGACGAGAGCAUGUCUUGUCCUAGUGACCAAAUACGUCAGUACGAGUGUGCGUGAGACAAGAGUUUUACUUUGCCUGGUGGUAGAUUACUGUUUAUAGGCUGUCAAAAAAAGCAGCUCAUUUGAACACAUAAAGACAGUGAUGGCAUCUCUUAAUUUCCAGGGAAAAGGAGUGGCCGAUGUCAGUACAAACCGUGAUAUCACCAAAAGCCACUGUCUAGAAGUUAGUGAGGACCAGCCAGCAUCCGUGCUCUGAUCUCCAAAAUGGAAACACCAAGGCAUGUGUUUCUUUGUAUCCACAAUCACUUAUCCAUGCAGGCUUGCAGGGGAAAUGCAUUUCUGCCCAACUGAUUUGCAGCUAUGGGCUGCAUUGCUUUGCCAAUAAGGAAAAAUAGUAAUCAUUUGUAAGAAACAGACUUGCUGUUUAAUUUCUGGGGAUUUUCUUCACGUAUGCAAGAAGAUUCACAUUUAUUAUUGGAAACAGCGUGAUUUUUUGAAAAGCACAGUGCCUGAUAAAGGAUAGGUACUUGGUAAUAAUUCAGAGAGGUAACAGAGUCCCAAAGGUCUGCCUUCUUGUGCCUGAUGAUGUCCUGGGGUUUUGCUGGCCUCCAGCAGGCUCCUCUGCCCCAGUACAGAAUGGUAACAGCCAGCACAGGAGGUUAAGUGGGAUUGAUGUGGCCAACACUUAGCAUUCCCAAGACAAGGGCAAGGUGGUGACCAGUGACUACCCGUCUUACAGAAAAUAAGAAGCCCCAAAUACCCAGAUGUCUGAAUUGAUGUUGGACACUCAGAAGUCCUGCAGUCCACCUCCCAGCCAAGGCCUGGAGUCUUUCUCUAAUUUGUCUUUUUAACCCCCAAAAGUCUAAGAACCUUUUAGUCUAUUUUUAUUCCGAUUUUGGCUCUGCUAGUAAAUAAAACCUCUUGUUAUUCUGAAGACCUGGUUAGAGGAUUACCCUUGAGCGUCCCGUGAACAACAAAAGUGUGUGGGAUACAAGAGUGAGAUCCUCCGCUGCCGGCUACACGCCCAUCCGGAGGGGGUGCUCGGCCCUCCUUUUCCACGCGAGUGAAUUCUCCGUGUUCCUCCUGUUCAUCCCUCAGUUGCCCACACAGAACUGCUUCCCGCUGUCCCGUCCACACCUUAGGACAGUGGUGCCCGAGGCUGGCUGAUACACCGUGUCAGUGGCACUGGUUCCUGGGCUUGGGAACCACAUGAGCUUGAGAGGUCACGGGAAAGAACCAUGUGGAGAAAAUUGGGGGGAGGACUUUCAAGGAGACGCCAUCUGUCCCUGCACGUAGAAACCUGAGGCCUGAAAACUAACAUGGCUGUAAGAGAAGGGCACCCUCCAGGACUGGGCCACUCAAAGACAAGCUCAGCCUACCCGGAAUGGACUGAGACCCUGGAGGACACGAGAGCCAGUGAACCAGGGAAAGACUGGCUCCUCUCACAGCCAAGCAAGG